ACCAAAUCCAUUAAGAACUCCAACUUUUCAGUUUUCAGUGCCUAUCUAUCUCUGCACGAUAUGAUUCAUAUAAAUCCCCUCCUCUUCCUGUUCUUCCUCUUCUUCUUCGGAUCGAUUUCCCUUAUUAACUUCCAUGAUUCGCACCCAAUAGAUCAACAUUGAUGAAAAAGUUAGAAAUUUGAUAAUCAUGGUUUACUAUUCACUGCAAAUUGUAGUGAAAUCAGUAGAAGUGAUCAAGAAUGCCUGCAUAUUGUUCUCCGCCGCCAACAACAAGAUGCAUGUUUACACGACGACGGUAUCCCUCGUCGGCCCUUCCGGCGAAAAACCGGCCGCCUCGGAGGUUAAUACGAGCGUUCUUCUUCCCUACGGAAGCGAGCCCAUAUGGUCGUUUUGGGUAACUCUUCCAAUCGACGGCGGAGGAUCCGAAUCCCACCCGAACAAUGACCUCAUGGUUGUGUUUCGAGUCAAGUCUUGCGGCGGUGGUCGUCGUCGAGAUUCCGGCGGAAAAUCCGUCGGAAUCUGUACCGUACCCGUCCGAGAUCUCCGGGGGCAAGGGAAUUCGUCGUGUCAGGGAGGGAUUGGUCAGGCGAUUCGUUCCGAAUCUUCAGGGAAGAUUCGCGGGAUGCUGUAUUUUGAUUACAUGUUUGUCUUUGUUAGCGAGGAUAUUGCGGUGGCGGAGGCGGCGGCUACCGGGCGGAAUGCUUCUGCCGCCGGGACGACGGCGAUGAGUGGUAAUCAUCAUCAUCGUCGUGUUAGUCCUUCACCUUCAGCGCCGCCGUAUGUGGAGAAUUAUGAAGAUGAUCUCUUCUAUUUUUCACCACCAACAAAUAAUGAUUCCAUGGGAUCAUCAUCAUCUGGUAUGGAUUUGCUGCCAAAGCCUUCCGCACCGUAUUUGCCACUUGAAAUUGAAAGUUGAUCAUUAGCCUUAGGCUUGUAAUUUGUAUCCACAACAUAAUAAUUUUGGGACGGAGAAAUUAUUAUCAUCAAUAAUAAAU